AUGCGACUAAAAAUCAACUCCUUAGAUAUAAUAUUCCUGAGAUGGGAGCGAACAAAUCCGUUGUUAGUCCUUUUAAUGAUCCUACUCAAAGCCAGUUCUCCUCAAAUUUUUCCUAGCAUCGAUCAAACACACAGAAUACGUCACAAAUCACACGCGCGAUUGCAACCCGAAUUACCUUUAGAACAGUUUGUCCCUAAAAAGGUGUACUGUAAAACAAGUUCCCUGAAAGAUUUAACCAUAAUGCUAGGAUCCGCUUUCAACCCCCGUUACAUGUCAAUCAAUAAACCAUCCAUGUACAUGAAAGCCAAAUCGAAUCCUAUAGUACCUUCAAAGUCCUCAAUCAAAGACUUUGUCAAUGACGGAGAGUUUCGGUUAACAGACGAGGAUCAGGAUGAUUUUUUACCUUUCGUGGUCAGUUCGCAUUACACAAAGGAUUUGGCUCGGGUUUCUAAUAAGAAGGAAAUCAAAAGAGAUACAUCUUCCGCCUUCUCCCUAUCUACCCAUAAAAAAGCCCAAACUAACUCGACGAUUAUAUCUUUAUCGAAAUUAGCUCAAUCUUUAUCUUAUAACAACGAAUCGACGAGGCGUCCUAAGCGAAACAAGCGUUCCCAUUAUCAAACAGCCAACAAAACUCGCGGGAGACGUUACAAGCACUCACCCAUAUUUUCUUUACCCAAGAGCGCAAGUUUCAAGCCUUGGGAAUGUAAAUCCAAAGUGAUUUGGAAAGACUUGGGCCCGGACUACUUUCCCCGAUACCUGAGAACCAUCGAGUGCACGUCCAAAAAAUGCUUUUACUCCUUUUACAAUUGCGUCCCUAAGGCGUUCACCGUAAAAAUACUCAAAAGAGAUAGGAAAGAGCUAGCCGGGUUUUCCUGCAUAGAUUUGACUCAGGAUGAGAGUCAUUACGAGGUCCAAUAUAAGCUAACGAUAGAAGACGAAGUAGUCGAUUACAAUACUUUCCUCGGUGAUGAUAAAUUACAAAAUGAAUUUGAGGAAAAAUGGAUUUUCGAAGAAAGGGCUGUCGUAUUUUGUUGCGAUUGUGGAUAUUCUUAA